CAAAUGGGUUUAAUGACUACCGAACUCCAAGUCCAAAGAUUAAGACAAGCAACCAAAAAGUUGGAGUUUUAGAGGAAGGGGAGACUUUUGCAAUUAUUGUCCCCAAAGGCAGCAUAAAAGUCAAAGAGGUUCCUACUUCUCCCGACUGUUCCUACCUAGAAUUAACUCAAGGAGUUUUAGAAAUAAAAAAACUGUUGGAUAAAAGCGAGAUUGCUCGUUUUGGAAAUCUGGCCGAAUUAAGAGAGGAACAUCAAAACACCCCGGGAACUAGCCAAACAAUUAUUAGAGAGGGGGAAGAACAAAUUUUCGACUUAACUAAAAUCGGAGGUUUUAGCAGUAAAGUUAUAAGUAAUUUUGAUUGCUUAAUAAAAAAAGCCGAUUACUUUAACUCAGAAUUAGUAACUUUUCAGAACAAAGAAUUUUACGAAGACAUAACUAAGGAUAGAGAAAUACAUAUCCAAAACACGAAAAAAAUUUCCAACUGUAAAAGAGAGUUUCGGGAAAACUUCACCAAAUUUCAAGAGUCAGUUCAAUCUUCCAACUCUAGUAUUUUCUCCCUUUUCCGACCUGGCAUCCCAAAAGAUUUAGAGAUUUCUAGCAGAGAAUUGAAGAAUUUGUUCUACGAUUUAGAAAUUGCUAAAUCAACUCAAUUUCGACUAGAAAUCAACCAACAAAUAACUAAUCUCCACGACCAUUACACUCAAGAAAAACAAGAGUAUAAUCAGUUAAUUCAAGCGGGAGAAAGUGCCUUAAAACUUAAAAAUCAAGAAUUAUCGAGUAAGGAAAGAGAAAAGGAAGAACUAGAAAGGUUAGGUAGAGAACAAUUGAACAAAAAAGAAUCUGAAAAGCAAGCAAUUCAAACAGAAAAAGAACAAUUACAAAAUCAAAUUCAACUUCUUCAAGAACAAAUUCGAACUAUCACUCUCAAUUAUCAACAAGUAGCCAGAAAAUGCCAGGCUUACGAAGAAAUUGAA